AUGCCGUCAGUACAUUUCUACCUUCUAGGACAGGAUCCUACCACUGGGCAUAACGUCGAAGUCGACUCGAGCGAAGUACCUGACUAUGAAUCGCUUCGUCUAUUGGUCGCUGGACACUUCGUUAUCUUGGAGCCAAGCGGCAUCGACUUCUCAGUGGAUAACACCACCUUGACAAAUGUGUCUGAGGUCAUCAACAGCCAGCAGCCAGUGGCAAUCACAAUUGACGGCAAGCAAGUCAGAGACGUUCCUGGUCCCAGAGGUUUCCCUUACAUCGGCAACUACUACGAGAUCUACCCAGAUCAUCUUGGUAAUCACCAGCGACUCUUCGAUACAUACGGCCCUGUCUUCAAAACUUCAAACUUCGGAAGUGUUGUAUACCAGACCAAUGAUCCUGUGAUCGCCAACCACGUUUUCAACGAGAACGGUUUCUUCACGAAGCAAAUUACACCGGAGCAUCCGCUCUUCGGUAUCAUGGAUCAGGAAGCAGGAUUAUUCCUUGCUGACACAGACACAGAAGCCUGGAGACUUACACACAAGUUCCUUCCACCAGCGUUUAGCCCCAAGGCCGUCCGACACUACUCUCCGACUAUGCAACAAACAGUCGAGUCGACAUAUAAGGUCUUCGACGAGCUCGAUGAGCAAGGAACUGCCUUCAACGUUUACCUAUAUAUGUUGAAGCUUGGCUCACAAGCUGUUGGCAAACUCACUCUUGGCCUUGACUUCAACCACUUUUCUUCUGUCUAUGCACCGCUUCAUAAGAUGGUCCGUGAUAUCGCGGAACUCCUGGAGCUGAAUAAGAAGGUUUCAACCAUGGGAUCAUGGUACUCAUACUUGCCUUUCGGUGACCCAGCAAAGUUGAGACAUAUCAGAAACGAGCUCGAACAACAGAUGGAAGCCGCCAUUGCUGCAGUCACGCCCAAUGGCGUCGAGGACCUGGAAUUGCAGGACGCAGCGCUCAAGGCAUCGUGUAUUGCAGAUUAUGCAGUUCGUGCUGUUGAUAACAAAGGCGAGAAGCUACCAAAACGUUACAUGAGCCACUCCAUCAUGGUAGCCACAGCAGCUGGGUUCACCACAACGUCAUCCCUGCUCUCGUGGCUCCUCUACGGAUUGGUGACAUAUGAGGGUAUGCAGGAGCGUCUUCUGCAAGAGCUCAUUGACAACGAUAUCAACGACGACACAGCGCUAGAUGCCGACAUCAUCGGCAAGCUCCCCUUCCUUGACAAAUACGUCAAAGAGAUGCAGCGAAAACACAACCCCUCAUACCAGCCUGGUCGUACAGCCCAACACGAUCUGGUUCUGCCAGGUGGCUACAAGAUCCCCAAGGGUGGUAUCGUCAUCCCCGCACUUCACCACAUCCACAACAAUCCCAAGCUGUGGGACAACCCAGCCAAGUUCAAUCCUGACCGUUGGGAUACCGAGGAGGUCAAGAACCGUCACCGUUCUACAUACAUCCCGUUCGCACAGGGCCCUCGUGGUUGCAUAGGCUUCAACUUCGCACUGUUGGAGGUCAAGAUCUUCUUGCCGAAGCUGGUGUAUCGUUACCACUGGUCGAAGGUCGACGAGGAGGCUGUCGAGUAUGAUCCUUUCUUCCAACUCAUCAGACCUACGAACUUCAUGGCUAGGGCGGAGAAGAGGGUCAAAUGGCCUGCAAAGUCUACCUAG